GGUGUUGAUUUGCCGACACAUGGCGACAAUUAGCGCUUUAGGCAGAUUGACGACGUGCUAUAAGCGCAACUUCCGCUCACUAAAUAAAUUAUUAAGGAUGCAAUCAAUCAGGGUUAGUUGUAACAAAGUUAACUAAUCGUUUUAUGAUUUUUGACCAACUGUUAACCAGAAUAAAUAUACGCCGAAAUGUUUUUGUUAGAUUGUGCCUACUGAGAAAGCGGUGUAUUCACGUUUGUUAGCGGCAUUCUGCUUUUUUAUAAAUCGAGUGGUUACAGUUGUCGCUGGAUGAAUCUUGAUGUUGUGUCGAAGAAUUUGUAUUCAGAAAAUUUUGAUCUCGUACAGAUUUAAGUUCAUAAAAUGCGUGCGGAAAUACCCAUGUUUGCUGUAUUGUUCUGUAUUAUGAUCGUUCGUCCUUCUCAAGCGUUCUCCCUUUCGCGAUCAAGACGCGAAGAAUCAUUUUUUGACACGCCACCGGAAACUCUGGAAACUGCCAUUGAAAAAAAUCGUCGAAAUCCUUUAGUAUGUAACAGCGGAUCUGGCAUGCCGACUGAUAACCAGCCAAAUAAUCAAGCUACGAAUGCGCCAUUCCGGAGAAAACCUUUCGUUUUUGUGAACAGCGCUACCGCCCAGGCUGGUCAGCAGCCGGUUCCCGCUCCUACAUCGACAAAACAGCGACCACUAGCCCCUCAAAGGACCUUCACCAGAGCUGCUGUGCGGCCGCAAACAACAACUCCCGCUUCGACCGCCACGGCAUCCACACCGCUGCCGUUUAUUGAUUUUAAUUCAACCGACGGUGUCAUUGUCAUCAUGCCGAACCAGUUUACACCGGAACCGGAAAGCAGUACCAGUGCAGCCGGAAUUACCGGUUCACCGGUCAGUCAGUCUGAUGGAAGCUCUCCGAAUCGGAAUGCACCGAAUCCUAACUUCCCUGGAAAUCUCAUCAGACGACCAACACGUCCAGGAUUGAUGGUGACUACUUCGACACUGCCGCCGUUCAUCGACUUCAACUCCACCGACGGCGUGGCUGUUAUACUGCCAAACCAGGUUGUGCUGGAUGGUACAAGCGGGCAGCAGUUCGCAUCGAAUGCAAAUUUCGAUUCUCUCCGCAAUUCCUCUUUCAAAGCACAAGGAGCGGCGACAGGCGAUGCAACCGCUGACGCGGCUAGUAACUUGCAAUCAAAUCAGUUUUCGAAUCAGUUCCACACGGUGGACGGCUCAGUCGCACAGACCGGCAGCCAUGCAGCCGGCACCGGAAGUAACGUCCAGUUGAGCGGUUCAUCGCAGGCCAAAAGCAACGGAAUGGCAGAUAACCAACAACAGAUGGUUGCGGUCCGGACAACCGAUGGGAACAUAAUUUUGGUUCCCAUGGAUUCCACACACAAUUCCCCGUCCGACGGAACAUUUCUCCAGACCAACAAUCAAGGCUUCCAAUCAGCCGGCAACACCGUAGCUACAGGGAGUGGCACCGUGGGAACCGGUAGCGUCUCUUCCAAUCAGGAUUCGCAACUCCUAACCAACGAUCUCGGUACCCAGUCUCAGAGUUCCAACACCGGCAGCGGCAAUGGAAAAGAUGUUCUUAUAAAAGGUGCAGCGGUCAGCAGCUCCAACGGACAAAGUUCUCAGCAGAACUGGGCGGAGAACAGCCAAGGCAUCGUGGGCUUACAGCGCGGAGGCAGUAUGUGGCGGCAAGACAGUCAGCAGCAGAAUUCUCAGGGAAAAGGCGGAGCCAGUGGUCAGGCUUUUGCUCCGGACGGUUCAGGUUCAUCCGAACAAAAUUCCCAAACGUUUACGGAUAAUCAAGGUACCCGUGUGCAAUCGAACAGUAGGAGCCGAGCGACAGGACGGGGAGUAAAGAUUUCCGGUGCAUCGAAUUCCGGCGGCAAUCAAGGCGGAUUUAUCAUGCGAAUUCCGCUUAGUACGUCGUGGUCAUUCGCUCGGUAAUAAUUCUGAUUAUAUGUAGUGUUUUUCAGUUUGUAUUCUUUGUUUGCUAUCGGUUUUCUGCCGCUGACCUUUUUUAAUAAAUACCUCUACUCGUUUUUGUAUGCUGAUCUAAAUAUGUGCCCGUAUCAGUUUAUCUUCAAGCCGGUGAAAGAUUCUUAAUUUAAAAUAAAAUUCAAAAAUAGCAA